AUGGCGGGUCAAGAAAACAUCUGUGAUUUUAAGAGUUGUGGCAAGAAAUUUAAGAAGCUUCAACGACUAAUCGAGCACAAGAGGACCCACACAGGAGAGAGGCCCUGCUUGUGCCCAAAAUGUGACAAGACCUUUGUUAGGGAGAUGCAUCUAAAAAGGCACAUGCUUAGCCAUAAUGGCACCAAAUCGUUCAGCUGUAUGCAUUGUAAACUUAUGUUCACAACCAAACAUUACUUAAAACGACAUAUAGACAGAGCACACAACAGGCCUUUUAAGUGCCCUUAUAAGGGCUGCAAGAAAGUGUUCAAAAGAUGCAACCUGCUCAAAAUACAUGGUUACACUCACACCAAUGAAAGGCCAUUCAGGUGCAAAGAACGUGGGUGCCAUAGCGCAUUCAACACUCCAGGCAAACUUGAAAGCCACAAAAAGCUACAUAACUUGGGGUUUCAUAAUUAUUUCCCUCGAGUCAGAAAUGACAAAAUUGCGCACAGAUGGUUGGAGAGGCAUGUCAAAUCACACAACUGCCUAAUAUUCUGCCAAUGUUAGAGGCAUGCAUAAUCCUGUUUGGGUGAAAGUCAGUGAGAGAAAAAAAAUACAUUCUGCAUUCUUCCAACUUCAGACUUGUAUCCUUGUACAUAGAUGUUUUGGGCAAAUCAAAAAUGGUAAAUGUGGUACAAGCUAUUUUUAUGCAACACAUCGCAACACAUGUAGUUAAUUCUAUUCUUUAUUGUCUUUUAAAUUCAUUUUUGUAGAUAAAAACUAUUUAGGUAUAAAAACUUAGAUUGACAACCAUAACAAAAGGGAAUUAAGUGAUCAUCUUUUGACCCUGUUCACUCCAGAAAUCUUUGUCAAUCAUAUUUCAUUAGCCAGAAAAAGAAGUUUUCUUUAGUGAGGGAUAUAUUAGACAAAAUACCAGAAGAGUGGGUCAGAAUCAAGGCAUGAACAUGCUUAAUCUUGGAGUAUGAAAGUCAUGUGCAUAAGAUUGAUUUGACUUUCAUGCUGACAAUUCAGUGCUUACUGAGUUAGAUUGAAUUUCAUUUGAUUUCAAAAUGACAAUUGGUACAUAUAAAUUUUAUCAUGCAUACAAAAAACCUAUUAUUUUUCUCCUAAGGAGAGUUUUAUAUUAUUUUUCCAAGUUUCAGUUGGACUUUUUGAAUUAAAAAACAGUUUAGCAAGAAACCUGAGCAUUUCCCUAAGAAGUUCUUGUUUGAUGUGUACUUCAUUUGCUUUCUAAGAUUGAUUUUUUGAUUCACCUUGAAUCAAUCACAACUUACUUAUAUUGAAUGUAUUAAUUGUACUUAUUGAAAUCUUCAUGAAAAUAUUACUAUUAAUUUAAAUAAUUUUUGUAAAAUAUAAAUCAUUUUAGUCCACUUUCAUACCAUCAAGUUCAUUGAUUCAGAUUCAUUACAAAAAAAAAGUAAUUUAACAAAAAAAAAAAAAAUCUACCAGUUUUGUUCAUUAAAAAUAUGUAGAGAAAAUGCCAUGUAGCUUUGGUGUAGGUAAACUUGAGGAGAAUUUUAUAUUUGGAUGAAAACUGUUAUCUCUUGUUUGACCAAUAACGCAGCGCAUCCGUGACAU